CGCCCCGCCCGCCGGCCCUGGCCCGGUCUCGCCUCGCCCCGGGCUCGCCGCGCCACCACCGCCAGCAGCCGCAGCAGCGGAGGCAGCGGCGCGACCCGCCACCAUGAAGGUGACCGUGGACUUCGAGGAGUGCCUGAAGGACUCGCCGCGCUUCAGGGCAGCUUUAGAAGAGGUAGAAGGAGAUGUGACAGAGCUGGAACUGAAACUUGACAAGCUGGUGAAGCUUUGUAUUGCAAUGAUUGAUACUGGAAAAGCGUUUUGUACAGCCAACAAGCAGUUCAUGAAUGGAAUUCGAGACCUUGCACAAUAUUCCUGUAAAGAUACGCUGGUUGAGACCAGUUUGACAAAGUUCUCUGACACCUUACAGGAAAUGAUCAAUUAUCAUAAUAUUCUGUUUGACCAGAUCCAAAGAUCAAUUAAAACACAGCUUCAGACUUUCGUUAAAGAAGAUAUUAGGAAAUUUAAAGAUGCAAAGAAACAGUUUGAAAAAGUGAGUGAAGAAAAGGAGAAUGCUCUGGUGAAAAAUGCCCAAGUUCAAAGAAAUAAGCAACACGAGGUAGAGGAAGCAACCAAUAUUUUGACUGCAACACGGAAGUGUUUUCGACACAUAGCUCUGGAUUAUGUUCUUCAGAUCAAUGUCCUUCAAUCUAAAAGGAGAGCAGAAAUCUUAAAAUCGAUGUUAUCCUUUAUGUAUGCACAUCUGGCUUUUUUCCAUCAAGGCUAUGAUCUGUUCAGUGAACUUGAGCCCUACAUGAAAGAUCUUGGUGCACAGCUGGAUCAGUUGGCUGUAGAUGCUGCGAAGGAGAAGAGAGAUAUGGAGCAAAAGCACUCCACUAUUCAACAAAAGGAUUAUUCCAGUGAUGAUACUAAACUAGAAUACAAUGUAGAUGCAGCCAAUGGCAUUGUUAUGGAAGGUUAUUUAUUCAAGAGAGCCAGCAAUGCCUUCAAGACUUGGAACAGGCGCUGGUUCUCAAUACAAAAUAACCAACUUGUGUACCAGAAGAAAUUUAAGGAUAAUCCCACAGUAGUUGUUGAAGACUUGCGGCUCUGCACAGUUAAACACUGUGAAGACAUAGAAAGACGUUUCUGUUUUGAGGUGGUUUCUCCAACAAAGAGCUGCAUGCUGCAGGCUGACUCGGAGAAGCUGCGGCAGGCAUGGAUUAAGGCUGUUCAGACCAGCAUUGCCACUGCAUACAGAGAGAAAGGGGAUGAAUCUGAGAAACAGGAAAAGAAAUCAUCCCCUUCUACUGGGAGCCUAGAAUCUGGGAGUGAGACAAAAGAGAAGUUGUUGAAAGGAGAGAGUGCUCUGCAGCGAGUCCAGUGCAUUCCUGGUAAUGCUGCCUGCUGUGACUGUGGCUUGGCAGAUCCUCGUUGGGCCAGUAUCAACCUGGGAAUCACACUGUGCAUCGAGUGCUCUGGGAUACACAGGAGCUUGGGAGUCCACUUUUCAAAAGUGAGAUCAUUAACGUUGGAUUCAUGGGAACCUGAACUCCUAAAGCUUAUGUGUGAAUUGGGAAAUGAUGUUAUAAAUAGAAUAUAUGAAGCGAAGUUGGAAAAAGUGGGAGUAAAGAAGCCACAGUCUGGAAGUCAAAGGCAGGAGAAGGAGGCAUACAUCAGAGCAAAAUAUGUGGAAAGAAAGUUUGUAGAGAAGCAAGCUGCAUCAGUACCUCUGCCUGAGCCUGGAACAAAAGUUUUGCCUCCAAGUCAGGAAGAGAAAAGGCACAGUGGCCCUGAAAAAUCCCUUUUGGCAGGGGAACAAGGGGCAGCAUCCCACAAAGUCCGAAGCAGUGACAGUGGGAUCCAGCCGAGCACUGAUGACAGCAGAGAACACCUUGCCUCUACUAUAUCAGCCAACAGUUUGUAUGAACCAGAAGGAGACAAGCAAGAGUCUCCAGUGUUCUGUGACUCCAAGCAGCCUAGUCCAGGACUGCAGUUGUAUCAAGCUGCCUUUGAGAAAAAUCUUCCUCACAUGGCAGAAGCACUGGCUCAUGGAGCUGAAGUAAACUGGGUCAACGUGGAAGAAAACAAAGCAACACCACUCAUUCAGGCAGUGCGAGGGGGUUCAUUGGUUACUUGUGAAUUUUUGCUGCAGAAUGGGGCCAAUGUGAACAUCCGAGACAUGAAAGGAAGGGGGCCCCUGCACCAUGCCACAGUUCUAGGACACACUGGGCAAGUGUGCUUAUUCCUAAAACGAGGAGCAAACCAGCAUGCCACUGAUGAAGAUGGGAAAGAUCCACUGAGUAUAGCAGUGGAAGCUGCAAAUGCAGAUAUUGUAACAUUGUUGCGUUUAGCGAGGAUGAAUGAAGAAAUGCGUGAAUCAGAAGGACUCUAUGGGCAGCCAGGAGAUGAAAUUUAUCAGGACAUUUUUCGUGACUUUUCUCAAAUGGCAUCAAAUAAUCCAGAGAAGUUAAACCGCUUCCAGCAGUCAGAUUCCCAGAAGUCUUAAGAGUCAAGAAGGAAAAGAACCUGAAGCUUAUAGUGCAAGUCUUUUUUUUUACGUUAACAGAUGAAUUGUAUGCAUUUUGUUAGAUAGUGUGGAUAAAACGACCACUCCAAUGUAGCUUUAGAUUGUGGUAGCUGGGGCAAUGUCUGAGUUGGUUUAUGGUCUACAGCACAUAUACCUCAGCAGCUGCAGAUGUUGAAUCCCCGAGUACCUGCCAGCUCGGUGUGACCCAGCCCGUUACACGCCCAGCUCGUGCUGGGGGCGGCAGAGCGCGGCUCCCACUGCAGGGUGCUCACAGCAGCUUUGCUACCCGGUGUCAUCCACUGGCAUCUGUCCCCUGUUGCCAUAAGGAAUGUGCCUCUGACAAGAAGGUCUGAGUUGCAUUUUCUGGGACUGUUUGGAAAGGAAAUUGGGUGAUGAUUUACUGAGUUGCCGUUCCAUUUGUGGGGCUGCAACUCAACAAGGUUCUCUUGUUCCCACACUGACUCAAACACCUUGGUUAGAGGUAGGCUGUUCACAACAGAUACGAUAACUCCUGCUCUUUUCAAGCUCUUUCACAGUGGAAGCUCUAGCAGCAGGCUGGCCUUUAUGCUAGUGACUGCAGGUCAGUCACAAAGGGAUAUAUCCUGGGGACCAAAUUCCUAAGAGCAGUCCAUUUUCCUUUUUUUUUUUUCUUUUUCUUUUCCUCUUAAAUUAAACUUUCAGUGCAGCAAAUAUCCUUCUAAAUGAGCAUGUGGAACCUUUCAUGAAAAAUAAACUUAAUCCUUUUGGACAUGA